AUGGGGCCCAGGGCAUCACUGAGCCGGCUCCGGGAGCUCUGUAGCCACUGGCUGCGGCCUGAGCUGCACACCAAGAAGCAAAUCCUGGAGCUGCUGGUGCUGGAGCAGUUCCUGAGCGUGCUGCCCCCACACCUCCUAGCCCGGCUACAGGGCCAGCCGCUCAGGGAUGGCGAGGAGGUGGUGCUGCUGCUGGAGGGUGUCCAGAGGGAGUCCAUUGACGUGGGACCACUGGAUUUUAGUUUUAAUGCUGGCAAGAAUUAUCCCCGUGCAGACAUCACCUUGGAAGACCAAGGGGGCCCUUCCCAGGUCUCUAGCCAUAGCCCCAAAAAGGAAGGGCCCCCAGAAGGGCCUUUAGCCCUGGAGCCAUUGCAGGAACUUCCAUCAUCCCAGCCAGGGCCCUCCCAGCCUGCUGAGCUGGGGGUCUGGAGACGCACCCCAAGUUCAAAGCAGCCACUGAGCCCAGGUCCCAAGAGGACAUUCCAGGCCCUACAAGAGAGUGCCCACCAGGGCCCCAAGCUGUGGCCUGAGGAAAACUCCCAUGAUCAGGAGCUGGCAGCUGUGCUGGAGUCUCUGACCUUUGAAGAUGUCCCAGCGAAGAAGGCGUGGCCUGUGCACCCUCUGGGAUUUGAAAGCAGAAUCCCAGACGAGGAGUUUAAAGAAGAUCCCAAAGGGGCUGCCUGGCCUGCUGCCAUCUCGGCAGAGUCUCUGGCAGGUAGUCCGGCGGUGGCAGAAGAGCCCCAUGCGCAAUCACUUGGGCAGGCCUCUGGGAUGAGCAGCCCCCUUGGAGGAGGGUCCCCUUCUGGCAACAGUGAUGUUCUAGAGGCCAAAGUGACCGCUGGGGGACCCCGUUCAGAGCAAGAAAUGAAGUUCAUCUGCACAGAGUGCGGGUUGAGCUUCUCCAAGCUGGCUCGCCUGGAAGGGCACCAGCUCCGGUCUCACCCGGGCUUGCGGUCCUUUCCGUGCCCGUGCUGCGGGAAGACUUUCGGCCGCAAUUCCAUCCUCAAGCUGCACAUGCGCACGCACACGGACGAGCGGCCACACGCCUGCCACCUCUGCAGCGACCGCUUCCGCCAGAGCUCACAUCUGAAUAAGCACCUGCAGACGCACUCCGAGCCAGCCUUCCUGUGCGCCGAGUGUGGCCAGGGCUUCCAGAGCCGAGCCAAGCUCCUGCAGCACCUGCUGGCGCACGCCCAGGACCAGAAAGACCCCUGCGCCCAGGAGACCAAGGCCGAAGUGCCGAAGCUGGCCGUCGUCUUGUGCUCCCAUUGUGGCCGAACCUUCCAGCGCCGCUCCAGCCUCAAGCGCCACCUACGGAUUCAUGCCAAAGACAAAGGCCACCAGCGCUCGGAGAGCAGGCCCUACGUGUGCAGCGACUGCGGCAAGGCUUUCCGGCGCAGCGAGCACCUGGGGGCCCAUCUGCGCGUGCACACCGGCGAGCGGCCCUUCUCCUGCCUGGUCUGCAGCCGUCGAUUCAGCCAGAGCUCCCAGCUGGUCUGCCACCAGCGGGUGCACACUGGCGAGAAGCCCUACGGCUGCCCGCAGUGCGGGAAGCGCUUCGUGCGUCGGGCUGGCCUCGCCCGCCACCUCCUGACCCACGGCGGCCCGAGGCCCCACCGCUGCACCCAGUGUGGCAAGAGCUUCAGCCAGACGCAGGACCUGGCCCGCCACCGGCGCAGCCACGCGGGCGAGAAGCCCUGCCGCUGCAGCGAGUGUGGCGAGGGUUUCAGCCAGAGUGCCCACCUGGUACGCCACCAGCGUAUCCACACCGGGGAGAAGCCCCACGCCUGUGAUACCUGCGGCCACCGCUUCCGCAACAGCUCCAACCUGGCCCGCCACCGCCGUAGCCACACAGGUGAGCGGCCUUACUGCUGCAAGACGUGCGGCCGGAGCUUCCGGCGCAACGCCCACCUGCAGCGGCACCUAGCCACCCACGCAGGGGCAGGAGACCCGGCGGCGUCCGGGCAGGCUGAGCCACCGCAGGAGUGCCUGGAGUGUGGCAAGAGCUUCAGCCGCAGCUGCAACCUGCUGCGUCACAUGCUGGUGCACACAGGAGCCAGGCCCUACUCGUGCACACAGUGUGGCCGCAGCUUCAGCCGCAACUCCCACCUCCUGCGCCACCUGAGAACCCACUCCCGGGAGACGGUGUACUAA